UGUAACAAUUAGAUAUUUUGCAGUUGAAUGCAUAUAUAGCAUGUCCAACCAGCAAGCAGAGGGUUUUUAUUACAUGGCUGGUGAUUUUGUCGAUGACAUGGAUGAAGACAACUAUGGCAGUGCUGGUGGAGAUAUUGAUGCUGAUGAAUAUGACAUGCUGACCAGGGCGAACGAUACCUCUUCCGCGCAAGCACGCAAGGGGAAGGACAUACAGGGGAUUCCGUGGGAACGAUUGAGCAUGACUAGGGAAAAGUAUAGACUGACAAGGCUUGAACAGUAUAAGAAUUGGAAUGCAAGUAAGCUAUGUUUGCAGCCAUGUUGUAAGAUAUGUCGAUUUCUUACAUUCCUGUUGUUGCAGCACUUGGACAGAAAAGGUGUAACCUUCUGCACCCGGACAACAUAUGAUGAUAAUGCGAUUAUGAAUGCCAUCGAGAUAUAUGUCAGCUUGAGGGGUGGCAUUCAUUUUAUGACCUCCAAUAACGACUGUAGCUCGAGAGAAUAUGAUACCGAGAGACUUCAACUUUUGAAUCAUUUCCGAUUCCCUUGGCCCGUUAAUCAUACAUCGGUCAGCUCCGAUCGCAAGCGUAUUACCGUUGUUGGAGAUCACUUGGAUGGAUUGCUUGUGGAUCCGCAAAACGGAAAGACUAUAGCCACGGUGGUCGGUCAUCGAGAUUACUCCUUUGCAUCAGCAUGGCACCCGAAUGGGCGCAUAUUCGUCACAGGAAACCAAGACAAGACCUGCCGGGUAUGGGACAUAAGAAACCUCACAUCGCCAGUCGCCACCCUGAGAGGAAACCUGGGUGCGGUACGAUCGAUCCGGUUUUCAUCCGAUGGCCAGUUCAUGGUAGUUGCCGAACCGGCAGAUUUCGUUCACGUGUAUAAUACAAAAUCCAAUUACGCGGCACGACAAGAGAUCGACUUCUUCGGCGAAAUCUCGGGUGUAUCGCUUAGUCCGGACGACGAAUCCCUUUAUAUAGGAAUAUGGGAUGGGAUUUAUGCUAGUUUAGUGCAGUAUAACAAAAUACAUUCUUACGGAUACUUAGAUUCCUACUUGUAAAUAUGCCUUAAUAAUUACAAAUCU